AUGGCUGACAAUAUCUACGCGUCUCAUCAACCAGAAAAGAAUGCAUCAUUUGACAGGUCUACGUCACGACGGAAUAAGUGCACAUGGUUCACUGUGCAACUGAAGACUGUCCUCUUUUUUUCAUUCGCAAACUUCUUAGAGCUAUCGGCCUUUACUCCGAUAGAAAGCUUGCAGAGCAGCCUAAACAGCGAAUCCGGCCUUGGGCCGUUAUCCCUCGCUUGUCUUUACGGUCCCUAUUUCAUCUUCGCCAUAAUGGCACCAGCAAUAGUGCGACUUUUGACACCGAAAUGGACUGUGUUUUCAUCCUGGGCGUGUGACUGUUUCUACGUCGCCGCCAACUUUUAUCCGACGUGGUUGACGUUAAUUCCAGCGUCGGCGCUUACAGGCGCCAUGACGGGACCUUUAUGGACCACUAAAGACUUAUAUGUAUCACAAAUGGCGCGCGAGUCAGUUUUGUCCAAAAAUGCUGGGUUUGACACGAAGUACCAAGAAGUUCUAAGUUUCUAUAACGGUAUUGUUUUCGCGGGUUUCUCUUUGGCGGGUGUUGUUGGACAACUCAUUUCGUCUGCUGUUCUUGCUCAAAGUCCGUUUGUCAAUCGAUCAUCCGUGUGCGGGGCCUUCAAUUGCCGGGAGGAUUCGUUUUUGGACGCCAAUAUUACAAACGUAACGAUUUCUGCGAGACCGGAAAAGUCUUUAGUUUACAUCCUGUUAGGCGUGUUGCUGUCCUUUGUUAUUCUUGCCAUUAUUCUAGUCGUUGCCUUUCUUCAACAGAUUCCAUCUCAAAACCAAAAUGUCUCCGUCAAAUCUACCCUCACGUCCUGCGCACGUCGCGUCACGGAUUCGUCAAUGUUGCUGAUGAUUCCACAGAUAGUGUUCUUUGCAUUUUACCAAGGCAUCAUCCAGGCUGACUAUACCAAGUCCUACAUCACGUGUGGCGUCGGCGUCGGCAUGGUUGGUUACGUUAUGGUGUGGGAUGGUGUCGCAGCGACGUUGGCGUCAGUUGUUUGUGGACGCCUUGUCAAAUACACGGGACGUCCUCUGCAAGCUUGUGGGGCUUUGUUGGGGUACAUGGGAACCACUGCGAUGUUAUGGCUAUGGAAACCAUCGCAGGACAAUCUGGGGAUAUUUUUCAUAGUCCCAGUUUUGUUUGGAAUCAGCGACGUUGUAUUCCAGACGCAUAUUUGCACCGUCCUCGCCAUAAUGUUCAAAGACGACAGUCCGGCCGCUUUUGCCAACUUCUACACGUUCAGGGCGCUCAGCAAAGCUUUGUCCUUCGGUCUCAGCGGCUUUGUGUGUGUUUGGAUUAAGCUAGCCGUUGUGUCGUCCAUGCUGCUAUUAGCUUGUGGAUCAUUUGUAGUUUUGGAGUGCCGGCUAAAAUCUGUAAAACCACCAUCCAAGGAUGGGGCUGUCUUAGAGGUCAUGUUGGAACAACAGACACCAUCUGAUCUUGACGCGCGUGAAGAAGAGUAA